UUGGAUAAAAGGAGACGAAAGGAUCACUCAAACAUGGCAACGCUCAGCAGUAACAGUGAAGAAAAUGUGAAGGGAAACGAAGAAUCGGAGGCUCCCGCAGUUCAGCCAUCCGACAUGCUCCUGGUGCAGGAUGUGUUAUGCGACUCCUGCUUGGAGAGCCCCAAGAAAGCAUUAAAGUCCUGCCUGACCUGUCAGGUCUCCUAUUGUGAGGACCAUCUCAGACCGCAUCUGCAGAAAGACAAAUUUCAGAGCCAUCGUUUAGUGGAUCCCCUUCGAGAUAUCAACUUUCCGAAUUGUGAGCUUCACCAGCUCCCUUUGAAAAGCUUCUGUCUGAUGGACUGCAGCUGUUUGUGUUUGGACUGCGAGAAUCAGGAGCACGAGGGUCACAUGACGGCAUCUCUGGGAGAGGCUUGCACACAGAUUAAGACUGAGCUGCAGAAGAAACACAAAGAGAUCAGUCAAAAUGUGACAUCUGUAGAGAAAACAGUUGAAAAACUGUUAAGCAACAGUAACUUGAUUAAGGCUUCUGUGCAGGACGGUUGUGCUAGCAUUGCACAGCAGUUCACCAGGCUGCAAAUAACUGUGGAGGAAGCCAGAAAAAAGGUAGAAGAGUUGCUGGACGGAGAGCAUAAAAAGACACUCAGACAAGUGGAAGGCAUCAAAGCACAUCUGGAGCAAAGGAGAGAGGAGCUGAUAAAAACCUUAACUCAAAUUAACACGCUGUCCAAGAGCAGGUCUGAAGUAGACUUUCUUCAGGGCUAUGCAGAGUUGAAGAAAGGAAUGGCAGAAAUAUAUGUACCCACUGUGUCCAUCAACCGAAUGGAUUAUGUAAAGUCAUAUAUCCAAGCUGUGGCAGAUGUUACCCAAGAGCUGUGUGAGCUGAUUUUCUCUGCCUACAGGGAAAAACUUAACAUGAUUUGCAAAGGUGAUAGUAAAUCGGUGAUGCCAGAACCUCAGCCUGCAUCCAAGCCUGACCCUGAGACCAGAGAAGACUUUCUGAAAUACUUCAGGAGCUUGACCUUUGACCCCGAUACCACUCACCAUUUCCUACGUAUAAUGGAGGACAACAGUAAGCUGACCAACACCAGCCCCUGGCAGCACAGCUACCCUGACCAUCCCAGUCGCUUUGAAUAUUGGCGUCAGGCUAUGGCCAAAGAGAGCCUUUACUUAGGGAGACAUUACAUGGAAGCAGAGCUGAGUGGCGAGGGUGCACAUGUUGGUGUUACCUACAAGAGCAUUGAUCGUAAGGGAGAGGACAGCGGCAGCUGCAUCACCGGCAACGACUUUUCUUGGUGCGUCGGAAGGAACAGCCAAGGUUUCUCUUCCUGGCACGCCGGGGUGGAGACAGCGCUGGAGGCCACUGAUAUCACAAAGAUCGGCUUGUAUAUUGACUUUACCCACGGCUCUGUGUCUUUCUACAAUUUAACGGGACGCAUGAAGCUGCUCCACUCAUACACAGCUGAAUUUAUAGAGCCCCUAUAUGUAACUGUUUGGCUGUCAAAGAAAGACAACGUAGUUGCUCUGGUUAGUCCAAAAUGA